AUGCCACCCAAGUCGAAACGCUCCAAAUCGCCAGAAUCUCCUUUUAUGUUUGUGAACGAAGAUGCGGCUACCCUCAACCGGAAAACAAAGGACUUUGCGCUUGAUAGGACCAAGCAGAGCCAUGUUCAAAGACAAAACUUUGCUCGGAAACGUCGUAUGCAGGAUGACGCGAAGAAUAGCAGGCACCGCCCUAUCCAACAGACCUCAGCCUCGGCAACGUCGGUUGAGGAAGGCCAAUCACAGAACAUACCCUCCUCCUCCGGCUCAGAGUAUUUUAAUGUGCUACAACAUCUCGACAUGGCCGAGACUAGCACUUCAACAUCUCCCAGUCCAUCUCAGGCAGGUGUACUGGAUCCACGGCUUUUUAUGGACCUGUUCAACUCGCCAAUUUCAUCGGUUCACGUUCCACAGUCGAAAGAAGCUGUACACGGGUUUCCUCACGCUUAUCAGCCAGGAAACUUCUUCGACACGCCGAUACGGAGUCCAAAUACACCUUUUGCUCAGCAAAAGUCCAUCGACCGGGGCCAUGGUCUUGGAACGUCUACAAACGGCUUGUCCAGCCCGACCAGAACUCCCAGACAACCCCUAGAGGAAUGGGCCCCUGCGCUGAUUGCAUAUCAUAAUCAAACAGUUCUCCCUGAACAGUUUUGGAUGGAAACAGGGAAGGUUUCGUUGAGUCAGAUGAGGCAUGCAUCGUCCAUUCACACGGACAUGCAAGCAUGCAUGGCAGAGCCGGCCCAUAUGUAUGCAUUCCUUGCUUCUGCCGCGACUCAAAUGAUUGAACGCGAAGGCAAGAUACUCGUGCGAGGCGCAACUGAGCAAGACAUUCAGCGAAUUCCUGCCUAUUUCAAGCACAAAGCUAUCAGAGCUCUUCGAGUGAAGCUGGGCAGCAGCAAACUGGACCAUUCUGUCGCUAUCGAUGUACACAGACUUUAUAUGACGACUUAUUACUCCGAGACUGGUGAAUCCGCCGAGCCUCAUUUCCACGCACUUCUCUCAAUGGUUGAAUCUUUAGGUGGGCUCAACACAUUCAACGACUACCAACUUGAAAAUAUAGUUUUUUUCGACUGCUAUACCGCCCUGGAGAGAAUGGAACCACCAAGACUACUCGAGACGUGGGAUCCCGGUUCUCUCACAGUAGACCAAUUACUAGCCAUCGAUGAGCAGCUCCGUUUUCAUGCACAGCCAGCGUCCCGCUUCGACAAAACCUUACUUGAUAUGAACCAGAACGGCAUUUCUAGUGUCCUCACGGAGGUGGUUGAGGUUCUCAAAAUGUCGAGUUUUCUCACAAGUCUGCCAGAAUACUUCCCAGACUAUCACAAAUGGCUGACACGGCGAGGUUUUGCAUUGUUGCACCGUUGCCUUUCAAUGCCCUCAACCAACAAGCUCAGCGCGGUGCAGGAUAGCUUGAGAAUGGCACUGAUUUACUGGAUCGCUACAUGCUGCUUCCCAGCCCGAGGCCGAGUGCAUGCGUCAUCGUCGGUUUAUCUCUUGAAAGAGCGACUGGAGGAGACAAGUUUGCACAAUUACUGGCAUCCUCACUCAGACCAUCUGCUUUGGAUCUCAGUCUUUGGCGGGAUCUGUGCUAUUCAAGACGACGACGAACUAGAAUUCUAUGUUACACUUGCUCGCAGCUCGGCGCUUCGAGCGGGAAUUCACAGUUUUGAAGAGCUCGAAGAUCUAUUUUCGACGCUACUGUACGAGCCAAAAACUCAACAAGAUCCAAUCAAGGAUUUCAGCGAGCUCAUCUGGCCACAUUGA